CAUUUUCACUUCUCUCUCACUUUGAAAAAUUUGCAAGCAUACCCACAUAACAUAGAACAAGAACAGGAGAUUCUUUCUUUUAUAUAUAUAUAGGAAAAUGAUCAUGGGUUGGGUCUUACUUUAACCAAGUUCGAUUGUUUGAAUCCUAAAAACCAUCAUGUUUCAUGAUCAAGCUAUUACACCAUCAACAGAUGAUCGAAAAAGAACUAUAGAGGUUGAUUUUUUCUCCACUAAAACCAAUAAUAUUGCUUCUCAUGUCAAGAAGGAGAAUCCAUCUGGUGGUUUCAAUGUAAAUACUGGUUUAGGUCUUACUGUGGAUCAUGUGGGAUACAACAACAACAACAAUAUUAGAGAGGUAAGAAGAUUACAAGGGGAAUUGGAAAGUGUGAAAGUUGAGAAUGUGAAUCUGAAAGAAAAGCUAACAAUGGUGAAUAACAAUUACACCGCUCUUCAUAUGCAACUAUUAUCAGUUAUGCAACAAAAAUCUAAUGUAGAAGAGAGAAACCCUAAAGAGACAGCGCUGGUGCCAAGACAAUUCAUGGAAAUGGGUCCAAGUCAUGAAGCCAUAGUGCCGGAUGAAGAUGAUCAUGAUCAAUUGUAUGGUACCACAUCUGAAGAGAGAACUUUAUCAGGGUCCGCGGCAUCCCUUCCUAAGAAAGAAUCUAAGUCGAAACGAACUGAUCGAGUUAGAGACGAUAGUCCUGAAUCAAGUCUUAAUAAGAUUCCUAAAUUGAGUUCUACCGAACCUAUAAUGAGAAAAGCCCGAGUCUCUGUCCGAGCCAGAUCCGAUUCUUCAAUGAUUAGCGAUGGAUGUCAAUGGAGGAAGUAUGGGCAAAAGAUGGCUAAAGGUAACCCAUGCCCACGAGCUUAUUAUCGAUGCACCAUGGCAGUUGGCUGCCCGGUUCGCAAACAAGUUCAAAGGUGUGCAGAAGACAAGUCGAUCUUAAUAACAACAUACGAGGGCACUCACAACCACCCGCUUCCUCCAACCGCAAUGGCUAUGGCAUCAACCACAUCCGCCGCAGCCAACAUGUUGCUUUCGGGAUCUAUGUCAAGUGUUGACGGUUUAAUGAACCCUAAUUUCCUAGCCAGAGCUAUACUUCCUAAUUGUUCAUCAACCAUGGCCACCAUUUCCGCAUCGGCCCCAUUUCCAACCGUGACAUUAGACCUCACAAACUCGACAAAUCCAGGUUCAUUAAUCCAACGGCCUCCUCCCACACAAUUUCCUGUAACAUUUACAGGUCAUGCACCGAAUUUUCAACAUGUUUUUGGUCAAGGGUUGUUUAACCAAUCACAAGUCUCGGGCUUGCAUGUUUCUCAGCAACCUUCAGUACCAAUCACACUGAGUGCUGCAACUGCCGCUAUAACCGCUGACCCGAACUUCACCGCCGCCCUGGCAGCAGCCAUCAGCUCGAUUAUAGGCGGAGCCAAUUUAAACAAUAACCCUAAUAAUGCAGGGUCGGGAAAAUGAAUGAAUGCAUAGUAAUAUAUAAUUAGUUAUAAGUUUUAAAUUUGUUUUUUCAAUUCUUUUGUUUUUCAAUAUUUUGGUUACUAAUUAGGGAUGGGUCAUGAUGUCCAUAUACAUGUUUUGUUUAAUCAUUGUUAUUUCAGUUUUUUCUUUUUCAAAAUUCAUAUAUUAAAUAUGUAAUAUAUAAUUCUUAAAUUGAAAUUCAACUUAGAGAGA